UCCAAGUGGAUACUUUGAGAUUGUGAAAUGCCACGGCAUGAAAAGCUGAUCGUGAAAUCAAGUGAUGUGAGCAUUGAGGUGGAUAAUGAUGAAAGUGAUGAUGAGGAACAGGGUGAAGAAACAGAUGAUUACAGCUCAGAGGUGGAACCACAAUGCACAAAGAAGUCAGCAGGAAGGAACAGAAAUGGAAAGAGAAAAAUUGAACAAGAAUCAGAGGAACAAUCUGAUGACUCAGAGGAGGAAGAAGAAGAGCAAAGUAGAAAGAAAAAUGUGCAAAAUAGAAACAAAUUAACUAAUAGGAACAACUUAAAUGAAGCAGAGGAACAAGCAACUAAAAGUAGGAAGAACAAGAGAAAUGCAAAAUCUAAGAAAAAAGAUUCUCAUAGUGAUGAUCAUGAUGAUGAGGCACUGGGCAAGAAAAAGAAAGGAAAAAGUGACAAAAAGCAAAUGGACAGUGAGAGUGAAGAGGAGGAUACCAAGAAAAGGGGCAAGAGAAAAGAUAAGAAUGGCAAAAAAGCUGUAAAUAAAGGCAAAAUCAAUAAAAAUAAAUAUAGUUCAAGCUCAGAAGAAGAAUCUAGGGAAGAAGAAGAAGUUAUUACGGAAGAAGAUAUGGCCAAGUUGAAGGAUCAAGUUGAAGAAAAAAAGAAAUUAAUUGCAACUUUGCGAAACAAACCCUCACCUAUGAAACAGAAAUUACAAUUACUGAAAGAAGCUCAGGAAUUUGUGGAGAAAUUUGAAGGGGCACUUGGGAAAGGAAAAGGCAAAAAGUUUUAUGCCUAUAAAGUGAUGAUGACCAAAAAAUGGAUGAAAUUUCAGCGUGACUUUGAGAACUUCAGAACUGCUUGUAUUCCAUGGGAAAUGAAAAUAAAAGAGAUUGAAAGUCACUUUGGUUCAUCAGUUGCUUCAUAUUUCAUCUUCUUGAGAUGGAUGUAUGGAAUCAAUAUGGUUCUGUUCGGAUUGACCUUUGGUUUGGUAAUGAUCCCUGAGGCUCUGAUGGGAAAGCCAUAUGGCAGCAUGCCAAGAAAAACAGUUCCAAUGAGUGAGCAAGACUCAGCCAUGAAUUUUGCGACAUUGUGGGAUUUUGGGGGCUAUGCACAAUAUUCUGUCCUUUUCUAUGGUUACUAUAAUAAUCAGCGGACAAUUGGAUGGCUGAAAUUCAGGCUACCUUUGGGUUACUUCCUGGUGGGAGUCGGUACAAUCGGAUACAGCUUCAUGGUAGUGAUUAGGACAAUGGCAAGCAAUGCAAAUGAAGAAGGUGGCGGAGAUGACACAAGUUUUAAUUUCAGUUGGAAGAUGUUCACAAGCUGGGACUACUUGAUUGGCAAUGCAGAAACUGCAGACAAUAAAUUUGCUUCAAUCACUACCAGUUUUAAGGAAUCUAUACUUGAAGAACAAGAGAACCGGAAGGAAGGAAAUAUCCAUUUAACCAGAUUCUUACGUGUUCUUGCCAACUUCUUGGUACUCCUCACUCUUGCUGGAAGUGGCUAUCUUAUUUUCUUCGUUGUCAGAAGAUCUCAAAAAUUUGCACAGGAGGGACUGGAUGACUAUGGAUGGUGGGAAAGAAAUGAAGUAAAUAUGGUCAUGUCAUUGCUGGGCAUGUUUUGUCCGAUGUUAUUCGACAUCAUUAGUCCUUUAGAGAACUACCAUCCACGAAUUGCACUCCAGUGGCAAUUGGGCCGCAUUUUUGCUUUGUUUCUUGGUAACCUUUACACAUUUAUUAUCGCAUUAUUGGAUGAAAUUAACCUUAAGCUUGAAGAGGAAAAGAUUGUUAAAUACAAUAUUACUAUCUGGGAGAAGAAUCUUUAUGAGUUUGUACGGCUCACUGUUUCUGAUACAUUGACUACAGUCAUAACUAUACUGAUUGGAGAUUUCCUUCGUGCUGUUUUUGUCAGAUUUGUUAAUUACUGCUGGUGUUGGGACCUUGAAUAUGGAUUUCCAUCCUAUGCAGAAUUUGAUAUCAGUGGGAAUGUUCUGGGUCUGAUCUUCAAUCAAGGAAUGAUAUGGAUGGGUGCCUUUUACGCUCCAUGCCUUCCAGCUAUCAAUGUCCUACGUCUCCUGGCUUCCAUGUAUCUACAGUGCUGGGCCGUCAUGUGCACCAAUGUUCCACAUGAACGUGUGUUCAAGGCUUCAAGAUCAAAUAACUUCUACAUGGCCAUGCUGCUGAUCAUCUUGUUCCUGUCAACAUUGCCUGCAGUUUAUACCAUUGUUUCAAUACCACCAUCCUUUGAUUGUGGGCCAUUUAGUGGGAAAGAUAGAAUGUUUGAUGUUAUUCAAGAAACACUGGACAAUGACUUUCCAGCAUGGUUUGGGAAAGUUUUCACUGCUGCAACAAAUCCUGGUUUGAUUCUGUCUUUCAUUUUACUUAUGGGUUUGGCUAUCUAUUACCUUCAGGCAACCUCUGAAUCAUAUAAGGCUGCAAACUUGGAAUUAAAGAAGAAACUACAAAAUCAAAGUGAUGAAAAUAAAAAGAGAAACAAAAAGAAUGCCAAAGCUGCAGCAAAUCAGAUGGAAGAACUACAGAAUUCCAUGCAGAAAGUCAAUGAAAGAGCAACAGGUGGUGAUGUGGAUAAAAAAGCAAAUGGAGUUAAUUCUUCUAAUCAGCCUUCUGCUCAGGGUGCCUAUCCACCCAAUGGAAGAGGAAUGAGACUUGCUCCUCCACCACGUGUAGCUGUGACUCGACCACCAAGGCCAAGAGGACCUGGCCAGUUGCCAGGACAACCUCGUUACCCAGGACCACAGCAGUACCAUGGAGCUCACCCAAGGAUGCCCAGAGGUGGUGCUGCUUAUAGAUAA